UAUCUUAAAAAAAAAAUAUUCGGCGAGUGCGGUCGUGUCGGCGGAUGAAAAAUUGUGAUAAAUAUAGCUAAGGUGAAGCACUGCAAAUGCUUUUAGCACAUAGUCUCGCCCUAGAACACCGCAUCCGAUUAGAAAAGUUAGCAAAUAAGUGGCAAGUGCUGGCCAAGCCAAUUGAUUAAACGCUCUAAUUGAACUAAAAUAUUUGAAGUGCGAGUGAGAGGGAUAUAGUGAGCGAUACCGAGGUAUUGAAACGCUGCCAAAGAAAUCUUGCCACCAACACACAUUUUUUUGCAUUCACUCUUUUUGCUCUCGGCCCGCUUUCAUCGCGCGUUCAUUGGCGCCUGUGUGUGCGCGUGUGUCUGUGUGCAUAUUUUGCCGCGUUGCCUUGCUGGCUCGUUCGUAGUCACUGGUAUUUGUUGUUGUCGCUGGGAAUCGCCCCAAAGACGCUCUUGGAAGAGUGUGCAGCAAGAGGCACGUGAAUGUCGCAAAAACACCAGAAACAGUCCUACCAACCGCUCCCCACCGCUGCGGCCGCCAUGGACAAUCCGGCGAUGAGCCAGAGCAGUAGCAGUGGCGGCAGUAAUGAUGAUGUCGCCAACAUACCUCCGACUUACUCGUCACAACAGUUGAUGCCCUCGGAUUCAGACAGCAUGGAAGAGGCGCGUCAGCUUCGUCCUACUGGAGCCACGGCCAACCUCGCUGCCGGCCUCGGUCUACCGCCCGUGCCCACACGUCUCUCGGCGGUCGGCCGGUCGCAAUGGUUUACCGUUGCUGUGCUCUGUUUUGUCAACCUCAUCAACUAUAUGGACCGCUUCACGAUUGCGGGGGUGCUGAAGGAUGUGCAAGAAGACUUUAAAAUCGGCAACGACAGUGCGGGUCUCCUGCAGACAGUGUUUGUCAUCUCCUACAUGAUCUGUGCUCCAGUCUUUGGCUAUCUGGGUGAUCGGUACUCCCGGCCGUGGAUCAUGGCCGUGGGUGUGGCCCUGUGGUGCACCACCACGCUAUUGGGAUCGUACAUGCAAAGCUUUGGCUGGUUCAUCACGUUCCGGGCUCUGGUGGGGAUCGGCGAGGCCUCGUACAGCACAAUAGCGCCAACGAUAAUAUCGGAUCUGUUCGUGAACGACAUGCGCUCGAAGAUGCUGGCGAUGUUCUACUUUGCCAUUCCCGUGGGUUCCGGUAUGGGAUAUAUUGUGGGCUCGAAGACGGCUCACCUGGCCAACAACUGGCGCUGGGCGCUGCGCGUGACCCUCCUGGGUGUGGCUGCUGUGCUGCUGAUUAUGCUGAUCAAGGAUCCGGAGCGCGGCCAUAGCGAGGGCUCGCACAACAUGGAGGCCACCUCCUACAGACAGGACAUCAAGGAGCUGCUCAAGAAUCGCUCCUUCAUGCUCUCCACGGCCGGAUUCACGUGCGUGGCCUUUGUGGCCGGAGCGCUGGCCUGGUGGGGACCCUCAUUCAUCUUCCUAGGCAUGAAGAUGCAGCCCGGAAACGAGAACAUCGUGCAGGACGACAUCUCGUACAAGUUCGGCAUAGUGGCCAUGCUGGCGGGCCUGAUCGGCGUGCCAAUGGGCUCUGUGCUGGCCCAACGACUGCGCGGUCGCAUGGAGAACUGUGACCCGUACAUCUGCGCCGGAGGACUACUGGUAUCCGCGCCCAUGGUAUUUGCUGCCCUAGUGGUGUCUCGGACGAGCGGAUCGCUGUGCUUCUUCUUCGUGUUUUUGGCCCAAGUGGCCCUCAACCUGUGCUGGUCCAUUGUGGCCGAUAUUCUGCUGUAUGUAGUGGUGCCCACGCGUCGAUCUACAGCGGAGGCCUUCCAAAUACUCAUCUCACACGCCCUGGGCGAUGCCGGCAGUCCCUACCUAGUGGGAGCCAUGUCGGAGGUCAUCAUGAAGCAUCUACGCAACCAUCCCGGUGCUUCGGGCCUGACAAAUGAACUGCAAAGCAUGUCCCAGGUGGUGGAGUCGCAACUCAUCAAUGCCACGGAUCUGGCCACGAAAGUAGCCUCGGAGGCUAUCCAUUCGUUCCAAACGAAUCUAACCAAAACAGCUGAAAAGCUGACAGAACAGUUUACGGAAGUCGAGCAGUUUGAGGGCCUUCAGUACGCGCUGUUCUCCACCAGCUUUGUGGAGGUGCUGGGUGGCAUCUUCUUCCUGUUCACCGCCUGCUUCAUACUCAAGGACAAAUACAAGGCAGCGCGAAGUGUAGCUGAUGCUCAGGAACAGCAGCAGCAGCAGCGGGACAACCCGAUUGCCUAAUACCAGCCUAUACUUGAAGUUAUACUGCGCACUCAGAGCACUGAUGGCAUUUUGGGUGAACAUAUACUGACUGAAAAUCAUCUUUAAUUUAAUCUCCACACACACAAGCACGAGCCUCCACGUAUUGGUUUCUUUUUGGAAUUGUAUCUACGAUACAUGCUCAAGUUCCUAUCAGAAGGGAAAGGAUAUACAUAGCCACACGACAUCCAUACAUACCCAAAUAGUUCAGCUGUGUAGAUUUGUACAUGCAUCCACUGAUACACCUCUCAAUCACCCACUCCCAAACUCGCGAGUCAUAUACAUUAUAUUCGGUUCAUUUUACCUGUAAACGCUUAUUUACAUAGACACGUAGAUAGACCUAGUUCUGGUAUUUUAGGCUAAAGAAGAAUGAAAAUGGAAAAAAUAAAUAAAACAAGCAAACACUUCAUGCGAUUUCGAGGAUGUUCUUCGUCAGGCGUCCACUCCUCUACACUUAAAUUCACCGCUCUCCGCUCUCCCCAAAACUUCUGUAAAUAGUAUAACCCCAUCUUCAGUGUCAGGGGCACCAAACGGAUUAUCUCAGGCCACGUAUGGAACGCAUGGAGUGUCGAUUGUUGCUAUAUUUAUGCAUACUAAAAUACUUAAAUAUUAAGUAUGAAUACAUAUGAUUUGUAAAUAUUAAUAAGCAUUGGGCCAUUGUAUAAGUACAUAGUCUCCAUAAUCAGUCUAAUCGUAAUUCUGUAAUUUUAUUUUAACUAGAACUUUAAUCGUAAUCUUAACUCUAGUUAGAACCGUAUAACAAAUUGAAUGAAAUGUCUGCACCCUCAACUAUUACUGAAUAUUACAAGCUAACUAUUUAAACAAUCGAAACAAAAAACCCGAAGCUACUGCAUUAAUAUGCUGGCAUCAUCUACAUACAUAUGUACAUAUGUGUGUUUUUUUUGUUAACUCUUAGUCCAAUGUUGGCCUCUUCAAAAACUGAAAUUGAAAGCGACAAAAAGACUGCAAAUAAUCAAAAUCGAUAUUCGGCUUAGGAAUAACCAAAAGAUAGGGCAAACAAAUAUAAAUGAAUAUGAUCGGACAAUUGAGGAUUACUUGAGCAAUAAAGAAUUUUUAAA